UUUGUGUGACAGGUUGACAUCAGCACAAGUUCUCUUUUGACAGGGUCGCGCCAUUUGUAAGUCAAAAACCUCAACUUGGUACACGUUUAUAUUAAUUACACAAAGCUAUACCAAUAAAAACUAAUUAAACAUGUCAAACGAAGAGACUUCAGCUGAUCGCAACGUUGAAAUAUGGAAAAUAAAGAAGCUUAUAAAGAGUUUGGAACUAGCAAGGGGAAAUGGCACGAGUAUGAUUUCUCUCAUCAUUCCACCCAAGGAUCAAAUAUCACGUAUUAGUAAAAUGUUAGCAGAUGAGUUUGGUACAGCCUCGAAUAUUAAGUCUAGAGUGAACAGGUUGUCUGUGUUAGGUGCAAUUACUUCAGUACAGCAUCGUUUGAAACUUUAUACAAAGGUGCCUCCAAAUGGAUUGGUUAUCUAUUGCGGGACUAUAGUAACUGAUGAGGGCAAAGAAAAGAAGGUGAAUAUUGAUUUUGAACCAUUCAAACCAAUAAACACUUCCCUCUAUUUGUGCGACAAUAAAUUUCAUACUGAAGCCUUGACAGCUUUGUUAGCCGAUGAUAACAAAUUUGGUUUCAUUGUUAUGGAUGGUAACGGUGCAUUAUUUGGAACAUUGCAAGGUAACACUAGGGAGGUAUUGCACAAGUUCACCGUUGACCUUCCGAAAAAGCACGGUAGAGGAGGUCAGUCUGCAUUGCGUUUUGCUCGUUUACGUAUGGAAAAACGACACAAUUAUGUUAGGAAAGUGGCUGAAGUAGCCACCCAACUGUUCAUCACCAACGACAAACCCAACAUAGCGGGUCUCAUUUUGGCUGGUAGCGCUGACUUUAAAACUGAAUUGUCGCAAUCCGACAUGUUUGAUCCGAGGUUACAAGUAAAAAUAAUCAAACUGGUCGAUGUGUCUUACGGUGGUGAAAAUGGAUUCAACCAGGCCAUUGAGUUGGCCGCUGAAUCCCUUCAGAAUGUCAAAUUCAUCCAAGAAAAGAAGCUGAUCGGUAGGUAUUUCGACGAGAUCAGCCAGGACACGGGCAAGUAUUGUUUCGGUGUAGAGGAUACGCUGAGAGGUCUUGAGCUGGGCGCGGUCGAAACAUUGAUCUGCUGGGAGAAUCUUGACAUUCAGCGUUACGUUCUGAAGAAUCACACCACAGGAAGUGAGACCAUCCUCCAUCUGACGCCGGAGCAAGAAAAGGACAAGUCCCACUUCACAGACAAAGAAAGUGGUGUAGAAUUAGAAUUAGUUGAAUGUCAACCUCUACUUGAAUGGCUGGCCAAUAACUAUAAGAACUUUGGUGCUACAUUAGAAAUAAUCACAGACAAAUCUCAAGAAGGUUCUCAAUUCGUUAGAGGGUUUGGAGGAAUUGGUGGUUUGCUAAGGUAUAAGGUAGACUUCCAAAGUUUGCAGUUAGACGAUGAAGAGAAUGGUGAACUUUUCGAUGUAGACGAUUAUUAAACUUCUAAGGCGGCAUCUAAAAAAAAAAAAAACUUAGACCGGUUGAUACAUCAAGAACAGGUUGAAACGUAUAAGUUACAGUUUACAUACAAAUAAUUUAACGGUCAAAUUUUCGAAUUUUAAAAAGAUUGUAUAUGGUACUCGGCUCCCCCUUAUCUACAUUUAAUUCAUUCCAAUCGAAGCAGUUUCCGUAUUCGUGGUAGAUUUAUCGAUAUUGUUCUGUGCUGGAACGUUAAAGUUGUUAAAACGAAUCAGGGAUAAUUGCGAAAACAGUUUGUCUCGACUUGAUCAAGGACUCCCAAGAACUGAAGUACUUUAUGCGACUCAAGGUGCUAGGUCGGAUGUCAAGUGCCCCCUUAUAAUAUAUUGAGAAUAGUUAUUUUUCAGGUGCAAUUAAGGCUUACGGGGCACUUGAAACUUGACUUUUACCCCGAACAAUAAGUGCUUUUCGUUCGUUUUCAGUUACAGGGCGUUGGAUAAGUUGCGGCAAAUCUUAUCGGUGGAUAGCUUUGUUCUAAUUGUUAGUAUUUUUUAUUCUAUUUAUAUACUUGGAGUUACGAACAUAUGUUUCCAUUAUGAAGAAAAAGUGGACGUUCGAACGCUCUGUAACUGUUGUUUUUUGGGCGUUCUUGACAGUUUGCCAACCAGUGUGUAUAUAUAUACGUUAAAUGGUUUUUUGUAUCAUGUCAAAUGGAAAUGUAUGUCAACUCAGAUGAUUUGAAAUUAAAAAUUGUUUGUA